AUGGGUUUCGCCUUUGACGUGGCGCCGGAUCGGCCAGAGAACAUCGACACGAUACUAAACGGCCUGGACCGGUACAACCCAGAGACGACCGGGCUCUUUCAGGAAUACGUCUCGCAGCAAUGCGAAAACCAGACAUAUGACUGCUACGCCAACCUGGCGCUGCUGAAACUAUACCAGUUCAACCCCGACCGCACCCGCGACGAGACCGUCACCAACAUCCUCGUCAAAGCCCUCACCGUCUUCCCCUCGCCCGACUUCAACCUCGGCCUCUCCCUCCUCCCACCCCACGUCGUCGCGCAGACCAGACUGUCCUCUGCCUCCGGAGGACCCGCAUCAGGCACCCUCGCCGAAGCCGUCCAGCAUCUCACUAAGCUCCACCACCAGCUCGUCAACGCCAGCUACACCGCCUUCUGGUCCACACUGGACUCCGACGAUCUCUACGCAGACCUCGUGGCGGAUGUGCAAGGGUUCGAGGAGCUGAUGCGCGUUAGGAUCGCCGUGGUCGUGAGCCAGUGCAUGCAGGAGGUUCAGCGGGACGUGUUGGAGAGCUGGCUCAAUGUCUCGGGAGAGAAGUUUGAGCGGUUUGUGAGGGAGGUUUGCGGGUGGAAGAUUGACGGGCAGACGGUCAAGGUGCCGGAGAACAAGGAGAACUCGGCACAGGGGACUGUUGUAAGAGAGACUGUCAAGUUUGAGCAGUUCGGACGGAUGGUGAAGAGGGCUUAUGAGCAGCCGGCGUAG